AUGUCUGCCACCCCGCCUCGCCAUGGCGGCCAUACGACGCCGCCAAAUGAUGCAGACUCGGCUUAUACUGCGACAAAUCGAUGGGGCACUGUAUCUGGAGGUCUACGGAGCCCACCUCCUGCGCCAUCUUCAGGUGCCGGCGUCCGCCGCAAUCAUACCAUCCAUGGAGCCCGUCACCAUGGAAAACCAAGGCUAGAGAAGCACUUCGAGCAGCCCGAGGACUGCCCCACCAACCCACCGAUCGUCGACAGCAUAGCAUCAUCACAUACGCAGUACGCCUCAGCCAGCGGGCACAAUCACACACAUCGACAGGAAGCAUCACUGAUAUCGUCCAAUAACCCCCCAUCACCAUCAGCACCAUCCGACAGCGCCCGAGAGUUCGUCUCCUCGCUCACGCCUCUGCAGGCCCUCUACUCCAAGUCCAGCGUCUCUCGCAACCUGUCACUGCCAAGUCGGCAUCCUCCCAAACUCACUUCCAACUUGCCGCACAGCGCCACUCAGGGUCGAUCGAGUCUGUUCAACAGCCUUUCGGCCAUCACUGGAGGCUCGGAUCUGGACGAGCACGAUUGGGAGAAGCUCAUCCAUUCCAGCAAUGCGCUCAGCGAAGAGCACCAGCAAGACUCGAUCGCUGCUCAGAUCAGCAUGAGCACGCGACCUGACCACCCUUGGUCCUCCUCCUUGUUCUCACAAGGUCAGCUUGGUCCAGCAGCCGAAUCCUCCCAUCCCACAUCACCCAUCACAAGAACGGAUCUCUUCACCAGCUCGCACAAUCCUGAUGGCAGUUCCAGCGCCGUAGAUCUGUUUGACCAGACGACGCUCCCUGAUGCCCAGGCCUUGGCAGCUUCGCCCAGCUUCGUUCGCCGUCGCCAGUCGCUCAAUCAUCACUCGGGUCGCUCGGCCGCCAGCCGCCUGGCCGCUCGUUCAACUGAUCUGCUCAGCCGCUAUGCAGGCGAUGUCGCCAAUCCCGCCACCUCCUCCUCUGCGUCGCGACCCGAUGCUCCUUUCAGCCCGAUUCGUCACACGACAAGCUUGUCAACAGCUAGCAGCCCAGUCAUGCCGACUAGCUUCUCCAAAGCACCAUGGAAUCAGCCGACGCAGGAUCCCAUUGGCUCGCCUUCUCGCUUUGCCGGCUCCUUCCCAUCGCAGAAUCUUGACAACAGCCCAGCUAGGAUGCUAUCUGUCAAUGACGUCUCUUCAUCCGCUCUAGCGGAUAUCAGCAAGAACCUCUCCAACCUCGAUAUCUCUGGCUCUUCUGCGCUGGACGGAGACGACACCGAGACAUCUGUGACACCAACCAGCUACUCCAUACAUCCUAGCUUAUCCUCCCAGAGCAGCACCGACAGCCGACCUGCAGGUGCCAGAAAGCUACCUCAGCUCGUGACCAAUCGAGAUGCUUUGCAGCGAGGGCAGCGAACGAAUGCAGUAUCUGGUCCCAUCUCAGCCGCCGCCUUCGUUCCGCCCAUCGGACACGCUCAUUAUCGGCAUCAGUCCAACGAUCCUUCUGCCUUCAGUGCUUCAAAUUUCGAUGACGAUCAGUCCCAACGAUUCGGACCGUUCACCGCCGCACCAGCAGGCAGCUGGGUGGAAAAGGACCAUGUCACUGGUCGCUUCAACGACGGAAGCAGUCAAACAGGCGGCCCCGCUUUCGACUCGCAGCUAUGGUCGCAGCAGUCCGCAGCAGCGCCAUACCCAGGCAUGGCUAUCGAUCCGAAUGUGAUGGCGCUCAGCAUGGCUUUGGCGCAGGAACAGCAGCGCAACACCAUCUUGCAGGCUCAACUUGGCGCCCGUAACAAUGCAGCGGGAAUGCAAGAUCCUCACUUCUUCGGCAUGCAGCCUAUCGACCUCAAUGGGCCCAUGCAGUCUAUCGGUCAGCAGCUGCGGGGCGCUGCCUUCCCCACCUCUUCCCCACCCAUGGGAGCGAUGGGCAAUCUUCCAUCGCGAGGCCCUCUCUUCCCGAUGCAGCAUCAACAGCAGCAGUAUCGACCACCGAUGCACAACCAAUCUCCAAGCCCUCGUCCUCCAACUGGACAGCCUUUCCCGGGCGCAGGGCAGGACGCAGAAGCUAGCAGUGCAGCACCACCGACGCCUGUCGAUCCGGCCUCGCUAGCCAUGCAGAAGGGCUACAACCCAGCGCCGGGCACUUUCGACCUUGCUCCACCCGACGCACGCUUCUUUGUCAUCAAAUCGUACACCGAGGAUGAUGUCCACAAGUCACUCAAGUAUGAGAUCUGGGCAUCAACGGAUAAGGGCAACCAACGACUCGACAAGGCGUUCCGAGAGAGCGCACACAACGGGCCCAUCUAUCUCUUCUACUCCGUCAAUGCCUCGGGCCACUUUUGCGGAAUGGCUCAGAUGCUGACACCGCUGGAUUACGCUACCUCGAGCAAUGUCUGGGCCCAAGACGGAAAGUGGAAGGGGACGUUCAAGGUGAGAUGGAUCUACGUCAAGGAUUUGCCAAACAACCAGCUCCGACACAUCAGGCUGACGAAUACGCCGGAAUGCAAGCCAGUGACACAGUCAAGAGAUACGCAGGAGUUGACGCCAGAAGCAGGGCGUGAAGUGCUGAGGACUAUGGCAGAGUAUAGUGCCAAGACGAGCUUGUUGCAGGACUUCAACUUCUAUGAGAUGCAGGGUCGUGGAGCUGCCUCGCAAGGGCCAGCACAGCAACAGCAGCCGGCGGUCGGAGUGUCAAGCCCAAUAUUGGGUCUGAGUCCCAAGCCGACUGGAUCGCCAGCUCUCGGAUUCGCAGCCGGACUGCCUUAUCCUACUAGCCCGGACCUAGGUCACAGCCUUGGUGGCAUCAAUGCCGGUGCUUCACCGAACGGAGGAGCACGUCGAGCUCAGCUAAGCGGCGGGACACCUCAGCGUCUCAUGCAUGGUAUCUCAGGUCUCGGUCUUGCGCCAGGCACACCUCGCUCCAACAACAGCGGGGUCCAGCCGCCGAUUAACGACCUUCACGGUGGCGACAAAAGCGCUGAAACCACGACACUACCCAACUCAGAUGCAAACAAAGAGGCAGUGUCAGCCGCACAGAAUGCCGGUCUCGCGCCUUCAGCCAUCUAA